AUGGGCAAGUCGCUGAACGUGGCCAUCUGCCAAUUCGCGUCGAUCCCUCCUACAACGCCCAACAACGGUGAGCUAAACUUGGCUCGAGCGCACGACUUUGUGCGCCAGGCGGCUCAACAGGGGGCUCAAUUGGUCGUCUUUCCCGAGUACUUCUUAUCCGUGAGUGAGAAGAGGAUCGCUCUCUCGUCUAACGGGAACGGGAACUGAUCUAUUACUCUCGGUCCUAUCGUAAUCGCUCCCGCCGGCUUCAAUGUGCGACACCCUUUCAAUUCAUGUGGGGCCCCCCCUACCGCCAUGCCUUUGGAUCAAUGCCAUACUGGAAUAGGGUAUCAUCGCCGAUCCGCAACACCACCACCUUGCCCAACUGCCCCACCACGAACACGCGACCGCGUCCUCCUCCGAGUCGUCCUCCCCGGAACAAGUAACGCACUGGCUCGAAACGUUCCGACGCCUCGCCGUCGAAUUGAAAAUCGAUAUCGUACCCGGAACCAUCGUCGAACGAGGCACCGAUUCUGAACAGUUGCAUAACGUCGCGCAUUAUAUCUCUAAGGACGGAACGAUUAAGGGUAGAUAUGUGAAGAGAAAUCUGUGGCAUCCCGAGAAGACGUAUCUGACGCGCGGGGAGGAAGAGCAUCAGGUGUUUGAGACCGAAUGGGGUAAGGUCGGGAUGCUGAUUUGUAAGUGCGCGCUCCUUCUUGGACAAAGUGAUGCGCACAAGGUCCUGGGAAUGUACUCUGCCUCUGACCACUUUCGAGAGACCACUUCUGCUCAGGCUGGGAUCUCGCUUGGCCUGAGGCUUUCCAAGCGCUCCUCCUUCAAGGCGUCGAUAUCAUCAUCAUCCCUACAUGCUGGCUGGUAAGUGACCUAUCCCAUCAACCGUGAACUUAUUCACACUAAUUGAGACACCUUUAACAAUAACAGGGCACCGACGGUGACGACAUUGGCCUUCUGCACGACCCGCACUGCGAGGAAAAAUUCCUCGACGCGACCAUCAUCUCCCGCGCGUUCGAGAACGAAUGCGUGAUCGUGUUCGUGAAUGCGGGUGGUGAAGCAUCGCAAGGCUGGAUUGGAAGAAGUGGAGUGACGGUCCCUUUCAAGGGCAAGAUUGGUGGGACGAAGGAUGAGAAGGAGGAAUUGGUGGUGGUGAAAGUCGGUUUGGGGAUCCUGGAGGUGGGUGCGACGCUGGAUUGUUUUCAGGGACGGUACGGCCACGUCGUGGUGCCGAUGCUAGAAUGCUUCAUUGACUUUGCAGGACGCAAGAACGGUCUAUGGGCUUCGAAAAGACUUGGUUGAGAAGGUGCGGCAGCGGAAGGGGGCAACCGAGACCGCGAAUUGA